AUGUCCGCGGUCGGACAACUCAACGAGAAGGAGGCCCAGUUGCCUCCUCGUCCCGAGUCGAAUGGCUCGUCAUCCGAUGAUCUCGAACGUUCACCAAAGCCCUUCAAGAAGGAAGGCGAUGCAACCGAUGAUAUUGUAGAAGUCAGCAGCAACGCCGACUCCGAGGAAGCCCUCGCCGCCGCUCGUGUCAAGCAGGCACAAGAAGGUGGUACCAUUGUUUACCGUACACUCUCUUGGCAAAAGGCAGCCAUUCUCCUCUUCACCGAGUACGUCUGUCUCGCAAUCUUGUCCUUCCCAUGGGCUUUCUCCUACCUCGGUAUGGCCGGUGGUCUCCUCGCCACUUUCGGUAUCGGUCUUGCCGCUCUAUACACGUCUCUCACUCUCUGGAGAUACUGCCUCCGCCACCCUCAUCUCCUCAACAUUUGUGAUAUCGGAUACCAGAUCUUUGGCAAGAGCAAGAUUGCAUACGAACUCACUGCUCUUGCGCUCAUUCUCAACAAUGUCUUCAUCAUGGGUCUCCACACGCUCACUGGCUCCCAAAUCCUUAACACCCUCUCAAACCACGGUACCUGCAGUCUCGUCUUCUCGCUCGUCAUCAUGAUCCUCUCGAUCAUCCUUACCCUACCAAGGAAGCUCGAGCAGCUCACCGGGUUCGGUAUUGUUUCGGCAAUCUCCAUGUUUAUUUCGAUUAUGCUUGUCAUGAUUUUCACCGGCAUUCAAGGUCCCAACCCCGCCGUCAAGGACUUCGACGAGCCCGUAUUCAUCACUGCGUUUGCUCCCAAGGGCACCGGCUUCGUCAACGGUUUCUCUGCCGUAUUGAAUAUAAUCUUCACAUGGAUCGGGCACAUCAUGUACCCUACCUUCAUCGCCGAGAUGAAGGAUCCUCGAGAGUUCCCCAAGGCUCUCUACGCCGUCACCGUCGCCGAGUUCGUCCUUUUCAGCAUCACCGGUAUUGUCGUUUACCGAUACACCGGCCAGUACACCACAGCCCCUGCUGUCGGAACCCUUCGACCUGUCUUCAAGAAGAUCGCUUUUGCUUUCGUCCUCCCCACUACUAUCAUCAUCGGUGUCCUCUACGCUUCUGUUGUCGCCAAGUACUUGUUCUCUCGAAUCUUCCUCGGCACAAAGCACUACAACAACCACACCGCCGUUGGUUGGGCCGGCUGGAUUGGAUGCGUCGUCGUCACCUGGGUUCUCGGCUGGGUCAUCGGCGAAGCCAUUCCCUUCUUCUCUUCUCUGCUUUCGUUGAUGAGUGCCCUUUUCGACUGCUACUUCGGUUAUGUCUUCUGGGCCUUCGCUUUCUUCGAGCUUUACAAGGGACAGCUUUGGGUCGGUCAGUCUUGGGUCAGAAAGAUCGAAACCGCCUUUCAGUUCGUGCUCAUUGCUGCGGGGCUUUUCAUCCUCGGUCCAGGCCUUUAUGUCAGUGUGCAGUCGAUCAUUGACAACUACGAUACAGGCAGUGUCAAGUCGCCUUUCACUUGCGCUGAUAACUCGCUUUGA